GCGUGGGACAGGCGUGUGAUCGCCGACACGGCAGCAGGUCGCCUAACGAGCGCGAAGAAAGCUCGUCGAGGGAAAAAAGGGACGGCCUAGAGGUCCCUAGUAAUUGGUCACCUGUGACUUCGGGGCAGAGUGAUAUUUCUGGGGAAUAAUCGUCAACGUUCCUAUCGAACGAUCCAGCAGGGCUCGAUUGGCCGCCAGUCGUCUGGAACAACGUGGGACCAUCCGGAACAGUGAGCACCGAAAUGAAGCUGGGGGAUAACAUGACUAUGGAAGCCUACAACAUAUGGGGCGACGUUGCCCCACGAAAAUGUCGGCCACCGAAAAUCGGCGAUAUUCCAAAACACAGCGCGAUCGACGAAGAAUCUCCGGGCUCCAUUUCCAAGUCGCUGACAGUCGCUGCACCGACCACGAGGGACUCCUCGCUAGAUAUUCCUCUGGACUCGCCCAGAAGCAUUUUCCCGUUGCCUUCCAGCACUUCUACGGACCAAUACCCUUCUAUCCGAAAAUACGAGGCGAAAACGACGCUAUCGUCCAAGGAACCGGCCAGGUUCCAGUAUCCAUCGACCAAAAGAGAGGCUCGAUCUCUGAACGUCCUCAACAAAUCCUCCUGUUCCCUGGAACGACAGCCGAGACUACCAAUCGACCAACUAGGUCUAGUACGAAAGUCUCUGGGUCUGAACAAAUCCACGGACCAAGGAAUAGAAAAAUCUGACGAUUUGGACGGCAAGGUGACCAUCACGUUACCUUCAGAGGAGCCAAUCAAGUCGAAGUUGAAGGAUCGCGAGGAUUCCGCCAGGAUUCCUUCCAGUCCCGAGGAUAUCUCUGACCAAGAGAUCAUCGAAGUGAGGAAAGACAGUGCUCUGUUCCUGGAAGAGUCCGAAGGGCUUCCUACCCUACGCGAGAUCCUGAAAUCGAGGAGUCCAAAGAUAGUGAGGCCCAGAAGAGAAAGCAGCGGAUACGGGAGCAAUCUAGAUACCUUCGACGAGGAUAGGAGAAACUCGUCGACUGCCGACGUGCAGGAUUUGUCGUUGUUCUUGAAGGAGAGACGUAGGUCCUCCACGGGUCCAAAACGCCUGAACUCCAGGGUGAUAUUGGGCAGGGCAGAGGAGAGCUUGACAGAAGACAUCAAGGUCGAAAGGAUGCCUACCACAGAGGUGUACAGGAAGGUGUCCGGAGCUGGACUCGAGAUGCCUAAUAUCGAAGAGGUCAGGGAGAUACUGAGGGAUGAAGCUCCCUCUAGACAGGAGAGUUUGGAUAAUCUUUGUAACCUGGAAAAACGUGUCAGCUCUGAGGACUUCUCCACGCGAUGUCGCCUACUGGGGGAGCCAGCAGACCACGGCAUCUCGCCAAAGGACACGCCAGAAGUUCCAACUGCUACCAGAUGCCAAGAUACAUUGACCUUCUUCGAGCCUUCCUCGCUAAGCGAGUCGAUCAACCGUCUCUCGGUAUCUCCGACCUCGAGGAGUCCAGGCCAGGUGGUUCCUCGUUGCUCCACCUCGACGUUCCUCGAGUCCAAUCUUCGAAACGUCAGUAAACUGAGCAACAAAUCUAACGAGUCUUUGGACAAGUUGAAAGACACCAAAGCUGAGAGACCCAAGACCGUUGCAUCCAGAAUGGACGAAAAGCCUUUGUACAAAAUCUCGAGAACUGUUCGAAAGACCGAAGAGACAACCCAAUCCAGAUCAGUCAGGCUGGAUGACCAAUUCAGUGUUCUCCCACGAUCCAUCAAGAUGUAUCAGUUUCUAUCCACCCAGUCUGAAGACGGGCCUGACAGUGAGCUUCAUCUGGACAGGGGGAUAUCUUUCCAAAUUUCCAAGGAAGACGACGUGACUAGCUCAAUGGCAUCUUCGACAGAGUCGCAGAACCUGUCUCUGAACAAAUCCUCGAGCGUUUUCACUCUGAAAAGCAGCGUUUCCAGUGAUAUUCAGAUGCUCACAUCCGCUGAACCUGCUGACGAUUCUGACGUUAGAAAAGCAAUCUCACCCGGAGAAGUAGGGACGAAUCAGAGGUUCCUUGGGGACGGCUCGAACGUCUCCGCGAGGCCUAUCUAUCCCUAUUGCCCGUAUUCCCCAUAUGGGAGUCCUCAGGGGUCACCCAGGAACAGGAGAAGGCCUCUGAGGGAGAGCAGAAGGGUUUCCAUUGACAAUAGGCAAGGGGCUCUUCAGCUGAAUCAGUACAAGCUGCUGGAUAACAUUGGUCAGUCAAUGGGUAUUUUAGGUACUUGUUUAUUGCUUCGUGUAUUCCCAUACAUUCCCAGCGAAGCAAUUCGACUUUUAAUAAAAUUAAGCGGAUCACCGGUUCGUGUGAAACUCCAGUUACCCGUCGCUACGCUCUGGGUCGAUGACAAAACAGAAUUGAGGUUUGCAAUAGGUAGUAGUGCCAAAUCUAACGAUAGAAGCAAUAAUAGCAUGAAGAAUAGAAAUAGCAAUAGCAAUAACAAUUACAAUAGCAAUGACAAAGACAAUAAUAAUUGUAGUAUCGAUGACAAAACACAAUUGAGAAUGGCAAUAGAUACCAAUGCUAAGUCUAAUGAUAAUGCCAGAAACAAUAAUAGAAGCAUGAACAAAAAGAAAUGA